AUGAACAACAGAAAGAAGAGGAGCAGAGGCGAGGAGAAGGGAUUGCUGCCGUGUAAGCUUUUUAACGACGUCGGAAAUGUUGGUCCGGCGUUAGGGGUCGGUGCCGGUUGCGGAAUUGGUUUCGGCGCUGGUCUUGUCGGAGGAUACGGACCAGGAGUUCCUAAGUUACAGUUUGGGGUUGGAUUUGGAGCUGGAUGUGGAAUCGGUGUAGGAUUUGGCUAUGGCGUCGGAAGAGGUGCUGUGUUUGAUCACGUUCGUGCUUUUGAUAAGGUCGUGGACUAUCUCUGGUGGAAGAUGGUUCGAGGGGCAGGGUGGUGGGAGUAA